AUGGCGCAGAGCUCCCGCUACGCCUUCACCCCCUGCGGCCACAAAUGCGUGUGCCACCUCUGCGCGGUGGCGGUCAGCCGCAGCGAGCGGCGGUGCCCCAUUUGCCGGACGAAGGUGGUGCGAAUCCUGAAGAUCAUCGAUCCAUGA